AAUUCAUGGUCCGACAAAGGAUUCGAAUGCUGCCAUGAAUGGAGCAGACAAACCUUCGAUUCCCCCACUGAUUUUGCAGCUAUCUGUCCCUCUCUCUCUCUCUUACAUACACUCACUCAAAGGCCACCAUCUUUCCACUCUUUAUACCAUUUGUAGUUGCAGGAACAGUGAAUCUUACCUUUCAAAAGCCCAUAUAAUGCAACACAUGACAAACCCUCUCACCCUACUACUUAAUAUAUACUACUCUCAUCCCCACUUUCAUUUCCCAUAUAGACUGCUUUCAUUAGCUAAUAGAAACCUCUCUCUCAUGGAUUUCCAACCCAAUACUUCUCUUCAUCUCAGCCUUCAAUCCAACAAUCAGCCCAAUCUAGAUCUUGUCCUAGAGCCAACACCACCUUCUUUGUCCUCAUCAUCAUCAUCAUCAUCAUCACAUCUUAGCCAUUCAGAGCCUCGAAUAUUCUCUUGCAACUAUUGCCAAAGGAAAUUCUAUAGUUCACAAGCACUUGGGGGCCACCAAAAUGCUCACAAGCUAGAAAGAACUUUGGCCAAAAAAAGUAGGGAGCUAAGUUCAACUAUUCGACCUCAUGGAGGACCAACCUAUCAUAAUCGGUCAGGACCCAAUAAUAUUAGUGGUCCAAGUCAGUUUCAUCACAUUCAACCACCUAUUGAACAUCAUGGAAAUGCUGCUAGGUUUGCUUCUGAUCAUACUUGUUAUGGAAUGAGAGAGAUGGAGUAUGGUUCAAGAGAAGGAGCUGGUUCUUCUUGGCAUAAGGGAUAUAGGCCUACAGAGAAUGUUCAAGAAGAGUUCAACCAGCUUGAUUUGUCUUUGAGGCUAUGAAUAUUGUACUCUUUCUCAUUUUCAUUAUUAUAUAUUUAUAUAUGGUUCACUAUGAUGUAUUGCAAAUAUUCACAGAAAGGAGAGUGGUAGAACUAAAGGGUCACAGUAAUUAAGAAUGCUCUUAAGCAGAGAAGAACUCUGUCACAGUAGGAGUUGCUGAUUUUCAUGUGUCCCAGGGAGGUAUCGGCUAAAUUUACUGUAUUGUCAUCAUUUGUGAUCUAUAUGAGCCAUCAAGUAAUGAA